CAUCAUAACUCGCAUAGAAGAACCUUUUCAUUUUUGGAAAAUGGCAUCCUCCAGCCGGUCACAAGUGUUGGCUUUGUACAAGAUCAUGUUAAGAGAGAGCCAGAAGUUCAGCUCCUACAAUUACAGAACUUAUGCCAUCAGAAGGAUAAGAGAUGCUUUCAGGGAGAAGAAAAAUGUACACAAUUUUCAAGAAGUACAGACCUUAGUCCACCGUGCCAAAGAAAACCUGGACGUAAUACGUCGCCAGGUCACCAUUGGUCAGAUCUAUACCACAAACAAAUUGGUAAUUGAAUCAGCAGUGAAACAGUGACUGGAUUCGCAGCCGUAACUUGUAUAUUGCCAUAACCUCUACAUUUUUUGUUGCAUCCAUUUGUAUAACUAAGUUUUUAAAGGCCUUAUUAACAUAGUGAUAAUGAAGGCCCUGUCUUGACCAUUAAGCUUUUACUUGUUUUCCCAAAAAAAUGUAAUUGAGCAAUCGAAAUGAAUUUACUGUAUUAAUAAACUAAAUAAAAUUCUAAA